ACGAGCCAACAUAAGGGCCAGUCUGUGUUUUGACUUUGAGCUGUCGCUGUUGUCGCCGUCGUCAGCAGAACACAAACAUGUCGAAAAAUCUAAAAUACUACUACGACCUAAUGUCGCAGCCUUCGAGGGCGCUUUGGAUUUUUCUGGAGAAAACCAAACUGCCCUACGAAAAGUGUUUGAUCAAUCUGGGCAAAGGAGAGCAUCUGACCGAGGAGUUUAAGGCGAUCAAUCGCUUUCAAAAGGUGCCCUGCAUUACGGACAGCCAGAUCAAGCUGGCGGAAAGUGUGGCCAUCUUCCGGUACCUGUGCCGGGAGUACCAGGUGCCGGACCACUGGUAUCCGGCCGACUCGCGCCGCCAGGCCCUGGUGGACGAGUACCUCGAGUGGCAGCACCACAAUACGCGCGCGACCUGCGCGAUCUACUUCCAGUACGUCUGGCUGCGGCCGCGCAUGUUCGGCACCAAGGUCGACCCGAAGCAGGCGGAAAAGUACCGGGGGCAGAUGGAGGGCACGCUGGACUUUAUCGAGCGCGAGUAUCUCGGGUCGGGCGCCCGGUUCAUCGCGGGGGACGAAAUUACCGUGGCCGAUCUGCUUGCGGCCUGCGAAAUCGAGCAGCCGAGAAUGGCUGGCUAUGAUCCGUGCGAGGGCCGCCCAAACCUAACCCAGUGGAUGGCACGAGUCCGCGAAUCGACCAAUCCAUACUACGACCAGGCGCAUAAGUUAGUGAACAAAUUUGCCCAGGACACGGCUAGCAAAGCUAAGCUGUAGCCAUACAACAAAGAGGAUUGUUGCAGGAGACGUACAGACUAGUGAUGGGAAAAAUGAAGUGUUCUGGAAUCGAUUCCGGAUAGUAGGUCCGGAUGUAGCUUCCGUAAUCAAUUCCGAAGUAGGCUCUGGAAUCGUAAUUGGCACCGGAAUCGGCUCCAGUAUCGGAGUCGGCCCCGAAUACAGAAUCAGCUUCAAAUCAUUUGGCAAUUUGGUUUUGGCAUCUCCAUAAGAAUAGGCGUUUGGGUCCAAUGAUGCUAACAGGUUGGCUGAUAAGUCCCCGGUCUAACAAAGAAAAACACAUUUUUUUGUAAAAAUUCGUUUUUAUUAUUCAACAAAGUUCCCUUCAAGAGCGAUACAACGAUUAUAACGACCUUCCAAUUUUUUGAUACCAUUUUGGUAGUACUCCUUCGGUUUUGCCUCAAAAUAGGCCUCAGUUUCGGCGACCACCUCUUCAUUGCAGCCAAAUUUUUUCCCUGCGAACAUCCUUUUGAGAUCUGAGAACAAGAAAAAGUCGCUGGGGGCUAGAUCUGGAGAAUACGGUGGGUGGGGAAGCAAUUCGAAGCCCAAUUCAUGAAUUUUUGCCAUCGUUAUCAAUGACUUGUGGCACGUUGCGUUGUCUUGGUGGAACAACACUUUUUUCUUCUUCAUAUGGGGCCGUUUUGCCGCGAUUUCGACCUUCAAACGCUCCAAUAACGCCAUAUAAUAGUCACUGUUGAUGGUUUUUCCCUUCUCAAGAUAAUCGAUAAAAAUUAUUCCAUGCGCAUCCCAAAAAACAGAGGCCAUUACUUUGCCAGCGGACUUUUGAGUCUUUCCACGCUUCGGAGCCGGUUCACCGGUCGCUGUCCACUGAGCCGACUGUUGAUUAGACUCAGGAGUGUAGUGAUGGAGCCAUGUUUCACCCAUUGUCACAUAUCGACGCAAAAACUCGGGUGUAUUACGAGUUAACAGCUGCAAACACCGCUCCGAAUCAUCAACACGUUGGUGUUUUUGGUCAAAUGUGAGCUCGCGCGAGACCCAUUUUGCACAGAGCUUCCGCAUAUCUAAAUAUUGAUGAAUGAUAUGACCAACACGUUCUUUUGAUAUCUUUAAGGCCUCUGCUAUCUCGAUCAACUUCAUUUUACGGUCAUUCAAAAUCAUUUUGUGGAUUUUUUUGAUGUUUUCGUCGGUAACUACCUCUUUCGGGCGUCCACUGCGUUCACCGUCCUCCGUGCUCAUUUCACCACGCUUGAAUUUUGCAUACCAAUCAAUUAUUGUUGAUUUCCCUGGGGCAGAGUCCGGAAACUCAUUAUCAAGCCAAAUUUUUGCUUCCACUGUAUUUUUUCCCUUCAGAAAACAGUAUUUUAUCAAAACACGAAAUUCCUUUUUUUCCAUUUUUUUCACAAUAACAAAAGUUGCUUGACAAAAGACGCUCUGUCUCACAAACUAAUUGACAUACAGACGUCAAAUUUUGACACGAAUCAUUUGAAGGUUGGUGCUAUGUAAAAAUAAUAUGCAUUUAAUACUAGCGGCGUCAUCUAUGUGUCAGACCGGGGACUUAUCAGCCAACCUGUUAGGUAACGAUCAAGUAAAGAAUCCGAUAAAAUUUAACGAUCAAUUUUCAUGGAGAUUCCCGGACUGAUUUCGCUUCUGAAACUUCAGAUUUCAAUUCAAGAACUGAUUCUCAUUCCAUAGCUAAUUCCAUUACUGUAGUCAAUUUUCAUUCCGUUUCCGGAGUAAAUUGCGAUUCCCAUGUCGAUUCCGAUUCCGAAAUCAGCUCCGGAAUUGAUUUCGAACACGGAAUCGGAAUCGGGUAGGUCCGAUUCCGAGCUCUCACCACUAGUACAGACACAAAGCACAAACUGCACAAACUGCUUACAAAUAUACACCUUUUACGGAAUGUUGCCAAAAUUG